GGUCCAUGUGUGCCUCUCAUUGGUCCACGUCCACGAGAUUUAUUGCGUUGGACACUGUAUAAAAGAGUAAAGAGUCCUCUCCCUCCUGUUAGAACUCAAAUUGCAUUCCUGUAGAUCUCUCUCUCCCUCAUUUGAUCUAAAGAUGGCAAAUACUAUAUUGGGGUUUCUUCUGCUAGUCCUCUCUGUGGAGAUGAUGUUCUUCACAUCAAUGGGUAGACCUGCAACUUUUUUACAGGAUUUCCACAUCACAUGGGCUGAAACCCAUAUCAAGGGAAUAGAGAAUGGCACCGCAAUUCAACUCCUCCUUGACCAAACCUCUGGUUGUGGGUUUGCAUCCAAGAACAAAUACAUGUUCGGACUUAUAAGCAUGAAAAUAAAGUUGAUUCCAGGGGACUCUGCAGGGACUGUUACAGCCUUCUAUAUGAAUUCAGACACAAACGAAACCAGAGAUGAA